AAAUACAAAAAACCAAAAAAAAGAUGGGUAGUUUUCGCUUGUAUGGCCUUCUGUUGGUGUCCUUGCAACUCUUUUACGUGCUAACUUCAACUGCUACGAUCAAAGUUGUAGCUACUGCAACCUUUGAUUAUAAUGAUGCACUCGACAAGAGCUUAUUGUUUUUCGAGGCACAGAGAUCCGGUAGUCUCCCCGUGAAUCGACGAGUUACAUGGCGCGGAGAUUCUGGCCUUAAUGAUGGUUUUUCAGAACAAGCGGACUUAGUAGGAGGAUACUAUGAUGCAGGGGAUCAUGUGAAGUUCGGGCUUCCAAUGGCGUAUAGCGUGACGCUUAUUUCAUGGGCAGCUAUUGAUUUUAGGAAAGAAAUCUUAGCUGCUAACCAGAUGGAUUAUACCCUCGAAACCAUUCGAUGGGGAACUGAUUACUUUCUCAAGGCACAUUGUGACAAAAAUGUUCUUUGGGCUCAGGUAGGAGACGGAGAAGCAGAUCAUAGUUGUUGGCAGCGUGCUGAAGAAAUGACAACACCAAGAAUAGCAUAUCGUCUUGAUUCUAGUCAUCCUGGUUCUGAUGUUGCUGGUGAAACUGCCGCGGCUUUGGCUGCUGCUUCCUUAGCCUUUCGGUCUCACAAUUCUUCCUACUCUACUCUUCUCCUGCGUCAUGCCAAAGAGAUUUUCUCGUUUGCUGAUACAUUUAGGGGCGUGUAUGAUGAUUCCUAUCCAGAUGCUGAAACAUUCUAUCCUUCAUCAGGAUAUUCGGAUGAACUCUUGUGGGCAGCUGCUUGGUUGUACCGAGCCACGAAUAACGACUACUACCUGCAGUAUGCAUCUUACAAUGCAGCUAGUUUAGGUGGAACAGGAAAUUCGGUCAAAAUGUUCUCUUGGGAUAACAAGUAUGCUGGCUUACAGAUCCUUCUAGCAAAGGUUCUGUUGGAUGGAGAUGGUCAAUCAUACACUGACACUUUAACGCAGUACAAAGCCAGAGCAGAUUUCUUUGUUUGCGCUUAUUUGCAGAAAAACAAUGGGGACAAUGUUCCCAUGACUCCAGGAGGGCUAGCAUUCCUACUCGCGUCAAACAAUUUGCAGUACGCGGCCUCAGCCUCUUUCCUUUUAGCCAUCUAUUCUGAUUAUCUGUCAGGAUCAAGCUCUGUGAUUGACUGUCCAGAUGGUAAAGUACAGCCUCAAGAUCUCCUCAACUUUGCAAAGUCACAGGCUGAUUAUAUACUUGGGGAGAAUCCUCAAUCAAUGAGUUACUUAAUAGGAUAUGGAACCAAUUAUCCUCAAAAGGCUCACCAUAGAGGUUCUUCUAUCCCCUCAAUGAAUGAACUUAGCAGCAGGUUGGAAUGUUCACAAGGGUUCGAUGAAUGGUAUAAAAACUGGGGCCCGAACCCAAACAUCCUGUAUGGAGGUCUAGUUGGAGGGCCUGAUAGCAGUGACUGCUUCACUGACGACCGAGAUAACUACGACCAGAGUGAACCUACUCUCACUGCUGGCGCUCCUCUAAUAGGCCUUUUCUCCAAGCUGCACAGUGUGUGUUCCCCAAGUCCUCCUUCAGGUUACUAUGAUUCCCCUAAAACACCACUAAAGUCUUCUCCUGCAUACACACCAGGGACACCAUCUAUACCGAAGGAACCAUCAACAGGCGAAGUUCCUCUGUAUCCUCCGAACCAACCAACAGAAACUCCUCUUCAGAGUACAUCAGUGGAGGAUCCUGCAGCACCAGCACCCGCGCCAAAUUCUGACUACAAUAUGGAUUCACCAGCUUCCAGCCCAGGAAUAGCGGAUUAUGUCUUGGUUAAUCAGCCACUAAAUACAGCACCAUCAGCGCGUGGAGGCGGCAUUCAGUACUUUGUUCUGAGAGCAAUGCUAUUCUUAGUGCCCCUCCUUGCAAUCCUAUAAGUCACUAUAUGAGCUAAUUAGAUUAGUACAUAUAUGCAGCCUUUGAUUUCUAGCAAUUUUUUAUUUAUAACUGUGAGUUAUUUGAUUGUCAGAGACAUCAGUUAAUCCUAAUGUACUUGAUUGAUGAACUCUGAAAAUUCAGAGUGGCAGCCCAAAUUGUGGUUUGCCCUUCUAUGUAAUGGCUACUAAUAGUGCAACUAUGAAGCAAAUGAGAUUGUUGUUCUUAUCAUCUACAGAGUAUAUAGUUCGAAAAUAAA